ACGACUACAUUAGUAUUCCCGCUGUUUUCAGUACGUAAAGAUUACGAUUAUAAUGUUACAACAUUUUUAAGUUUAAAAAUUAUUGUAGAGUUUUUAAAGUGUGUACUUUAUGAAAUAAGUGCUAUAAAUUACUUUGAGUGGCAUUAAAAAUUAUAGGCAUCAGUGUUGUUCUAAGAAAAAUAUUUAUUACAUAUUUACACGGGAGUGAUUUUCAUAAUGAUUUUAUGCAAAAAAAGAAAAGGUGGUGUAUAUUAUAAAAAGGACAACCCUAAUAGCCUUAAAGGACCACUAAAAGCGGCCAGACUAUGUAUUUUAAGUUUACUUGUGCCUGGUAUUUUGGUCAUUGCACCAUUGUACAUUCGCUAUCAUGUCUAUUCUGAUCAUAAAUAUCCUUUAGCUAUUACUGAUAUGAGAAUAUUAGACCAAAAAAUGUCAACAUUUUGGUGCCAACGCCAUAUAGUGAACACUAAUGCCACUUUUAAUGCAUAUUUGAUGCCAGAAAAACCAUCUAUGUUACCAAAAAUGGAAUUUGUUGAAAUGGAGAGGCAUAUUACGUUAGAAGACGAUAUUAAAGAAUAUUGGGGAUUUUAUCUACUUAAAGAUUCAAUUGUAAAAGUGUCUACAUGCUCAAGGUGGCCUGGAGCUAGUAUAAUAGUUAUUAAAGGACACAAACAUUUAAAAGAAUGCGCUUAUAUAGGAGAUAAUUCUAGCGAAGAGGUUGAUGAAGUUGAAUCUUCUGAAGAGGGCAAUGACACACAUAUUCCAAAUUUUAUGAGAAAACUUACUUCUGGUAUGACUGUGCCCGAUAUGGCACCUGACGUAGUCUACCUUACAAAUCAUCCAAAUGAUAAUAAUAUAAACCGCACAUAUUUUAAGAGAUCCAGUAAAACUGCCAAUCAUCAUUUAGAUUAUGCUGAAGAUUUAUAUCAAAAAGAAAUGAAAGAAAAAAUCGAAAACGAGGAUUAUGUAGCCCAAACAGUAAAAUCUAAGCCUGUAUUCACAAACGUUAACGAAAUCAAUAACAUACCUCAAUCAAAAGAAUUGAUCGAAGAAUCAUUAAGGAAAUUGGGAAAUCAAGGAAAAGAUGGAGCAACACUUUUACGAAAGUUAAAAGAAGUUCUUCAAAAUGAUCUAAACGAGCCAAUGAAUGAUACAAAUAGACUUUAUCAAAUAAUUGAAAAUGCAAUGGCUGACGAUGAUACAUCAUGGCGUGGUCCUAGACUGAGGCAUUAUCGUAGUAGAUUUAAACGAUCCACUGUAAAUGAAAAAGAUCAAGACAACUUGAGCAAAGAGUUAUUUAAACAUGACCAACAAAACGAUGCAGCCAACGAAGAGGCCGAUGCGCUUUCAUCAGAUGGGAUUGCUCAAGUUCGUGGAAAAGUAACUGAAAACAACACGCAUGCGAUGAAUAAGGACCGUAGUCAUAGUGAGUUUUGGUCGUCAUUUUCCAGUAGUGAAGAAAUGCUCCUUGAAUGCGAAGGUCUUUUAUUAAGCUUACCAUUAGCUCCACACCAUAAAUGUUUACCUCCGAAGAAAGAUCCUGAUUAUGAAGCAGCCAGCCAUCCGAACACUGUUACUUAUAAGGUUCCUGGUGAUGGAUAUUAUUUUUUCGUAUUCAACAGCGAGAACGAGAUUCAAGAUAACUUUAUACGUAUACAUUUUGCCAUCAAUAAAACCGUGUACGAUGUCUCGAAACCAACUUCAUCAUGUCUAAAUGUAACCGGUGAAUGCCAAUUACCUUUAAAUUUUUGGUCACAGCAAACAACAGUCUUAGAAAUGUUAAAUCCUGGACCAAAUAGUGAUUCUGGAGAUGAAUUUAUAGCAAUUUCUACAUGCCAGCCCAGAUCUGCAGUAUAUGCCAUUUGUCUGAUAGCAGCACCUGUUCUGUUUGUUUUAUUUUCUUUUCAUUGAUAUUUAUAUCUAAAUUAUCUUUCUGCGUGGAUUUUAUACGACUAACUAUAACGUAAAGGAUUUAAAUCAUAAAAAAAGAUCAAUUAAAACGUUCUAUGAUUUUAAAUGUUGAAACAAAUAAUUAGUUAUAAAUCUUAAUAUAAGAAUUAAUGAGGAUCCCGCCUGAAGUAUUAAAAUAUCUCAUAAAAUGUAUUUAAAAAUAAUUUUAUAUCAUUCAUAAUAAUAUAUUAAUAUACUGUACGUCUGUACUACUGCAGCUCAAUUUAUCGGUAGUAUAAAUGUAUAAUAUGUACUAUGUAUUAUCAUUCAGUAAAUCGUCGGUCAAUCGUAUUAAUUAUAUUGUUUAUAUCUUAUACUACAAUAUACCAUCAAUAUUUACAUAAAGAUUAAAAUAAAAUAUUUAAUAAGUCAUCAAUUUAAAAUACCGAUAUUUUGAAUAUUGAAUGUUGAAAUAAAUAGUUUAUGUCAUUGAAUUUAUAAUAUUACAUUUGAUAAAGUCGAUGGUAAUGACAACUUUUCUUAGAUACCACCGUAUAUACAAAAUCUGUAUAUAUAAAAUAUGUUUAAUGGUUUGAAUGAAAUUAGGCAAGUUUUUAUAAACAUUCCUAGCUUUUUAAAUCCCCAUGAUAAAUGUCUUAAUGAUUACUAAAUUCAAAAAAGCAUAAUAUAUAGAAAAAAUGAGCUAAAUAUAUCAGCACAAAUUAAAAACUAAUAAUAAUUAUGGGACUAAUUUGUAAUUAACUUUGUUAAUUAUUUAAUUUUCUUAAGUACCGACGAAAAACAAAAUGUCGUUAUAUUUAAAUAUUAUUUUCAAAAAAUGAAUGAGACUGAAAACGAGUUUUGAACUUAUUUGUUAUUUAUCUGUGAUCAAAAGAAAUUAGUUGAUUUGCAUCAGUAGGAUGUUUUGUAAAACUUCUUUUUAUACGUGUUUAUAGAAGUUACUAAAUUAUUUUGUAUAUUAGUUAUAGAUUUAUGAUUUAUAGUUAUAAAUAAUUAUUUAAAGUCUAGAAUGUCUAUAUGCGUACCUACAAUAGAGUUACAUAAUUAUAUUACUUAUAUAUUAUAUUUAUAUUCAAAUCGUGUGGAAAUUUUUGUGUAAUUAUCACUUUUUACUAAUUUAUUUACCUUUAACAAAAUAUGUACCUACAAUUUAAUGUUAAAUUUAAUUAUGGAAACGUAUGAUUAUAAUUUAUAACUAUAAUAGGCUUAUAGUCUAUAGGCAUUUGACAUACAAUUAUACAAUAAAGCUAAUGAAAUUAUUUAAAUGAAAGUAGUCCUGGUUCAAUAACAGUCAUACUUAUAAAAAUAUUUGAAAGCCUAGCCAGUAGAAACUACUUGUUUUAUAUUAUUUUAUUUGUUAAAAGUAACUUUUUAAUUACCACUGCAGAAAACUUAAUUGUUUUGCAUAUUGCAUUUUAUUAGUUUAGAAGUACAUAGCUAGUAAUUUAUUUGGGUGGAAUUAUCAAAGUACUUUAACAAAUGUCAAAUAUUUAAUUGUAUUUAAGACCUAAGUUCAUAUUAUAUACAAUCACAUUAAUUUAACGAUUAUAUGCAUUGUAUAAUUAAUCAUUAUUAUAUUAAUAAUGUAUUGUUUAUAAACGUAUAAUGUAGUAAAGUAUACCUAAACAAAUUUUUAAUUGGUUAGUGCAUAUUUCCAUACGGGUGUAUAUUAUAUAUUAUGUUUGACUAUUGUACCUAUAUUGAACCUCUUUUACAAUUAAGAUAAGAUAAUUAUUGUUAUAAUUAUUUUAAUAAUUGUUAUGUAAAUGCAUGUACUUUUAUUUUAUUAUUGUAUUACUAUACGCUUAUACGUUAUACGAAUAUGUUAAUUUUUAUACACAAUAUUUCACAAGUUGUAUUUAAAUAAAAAUAUCGAUAAACAUAA